AUGCCUCUUGUCGCUAUUAUAGCCCGGCCAGCCAACCAGAAGGAACCAGAUGCCCAAGGAAGUCAAGAGGCCGAGAAGCGACAUGAUUCGCAGUGGACAGAACGGCCAAUGUCGAAUCGUGGUGUCUGGGUGAAAGUGGGCCGGCGGGCGGAGACCGUCAGGGAAGCGCGAGGUGGAGGUGGUGAGGCCAAACUGUGGUCCGGUUUAGCGUAUCGCAGUCACCCUGGCUCGAAUCCACUAGAAAGGCGCAGGCGUGGGAUGGAACUACAUGGAAAGCCGAGGAAAGCAAGACAUCCCGUGACGGCAACACGUGCGGGCAUCACCAUCUCCCAUUCCGGCCAGAGGAGCGAAUUGACGAAAGUCUCACAGUCUCGCCCAGUCUCACCCACAGCCGUGGAUCAUAGAAUGGUAUCUUCAUGGAUGAUGCCUCUUCAGUCCGCCAAUCACAAGGUUUUCUGGGAUGUCCGAAAGCGGGUGCAGGAGGUGCCGCAGAAGCUACAUCAUCUUAAACGGCGGAUGCGGCAAUCGAAGCGGAAGCCCUCAGGUCGAAAGCCGAUCGGCGGUAUUUGA